CACAUAAUUCUUUUUUGCAUAAUAAUUUUUCUGGCUAAACUAAAGUCAUGAACAAAGCACUAUAAAUAGACAGUUGCUUCAAAGCAGAGAAAUUCAUCAAAUACACUUUCCAAAUACAUCAUCAGUUCUUGUAUUUGCAGCCAUGGGAUUCUUGAAAAUCCUUCUUGUUUUCAUCUUUUGUUCUUUCCCAUGGCCUACUCUUCAGAGUGAUUUUGAGACUUAUAUAGUCCAUGUUGAAUCUCCUGAUAGCCAAAUUUCCACUCAAUCAUCUUUAACGGAUUAUGGGAGCUAUUAUCGUACUUUUUUGCCUGACCAUCCAACAAUCAGCUCAAGUGGAAACGAAGAGGCUGCUAGCAUGAUCUAUUCCUAUCACAAUGUGAUGAAAGGCUUCGCAGCAAGAUUAACUGCAUCACAACUGAAGGAAAUGGAGAAGAAACAGGGCUUUGUCUCUGCACAGAAACAGAGGAUUUUGUCCUUGCACACUACUCAUACUCCAAGUUUUCUUGGUUUGCAGAAGAACAUGGGCUUGUGGAAGGAUUCCAACUAUGGGAAAGGCGUGAUCAUCGGAGUUAUAGACACUGGAAUUCUUCCUGAUCAUCCUUCGUUUAGCGACGUUGGGAUGCCUCCCCCGCCUGCUAAGUGGAAAGGAGUUUGCGAGUCCAAUUUCACUAACAAGUGUAACAAUAAGCUCAUUGGAGCGAGGUCUUACCAACUUGGCAAUGGUUCCCCGAUAGAUGAUAAUGGACAUGGUACACACACAGCAGGCACAGCUGCAGGAGCCUUUGUGAAAGGUGCUAAUGUAUUUGGGAAUGCUAAUGGCACUGCUGUUGGUAUUGCCCCUCUUGCACACAUAGCCGUAUAUAAGGUAUGCAAUUCCUAUGGCGGUUGUUCUGAAAGUGCUAUUUUAGCUGCCAUGGAUGCAGCUAUAGAUGAUGGUGUAGAUAUUCUUUCAGUAUCCCUUGGUAGAAGUCGUUCGAUUGCUUUCCAUAGUAACCCUAUUGCUCUUGGGGCGUAUAGUGCAACCGAAAGAGGCAUUCUUGUAAGUUGCUCUGCCGGCAAUAGUGGUCCUUUCCUUGGCUCAGUAGGAAAUGCAGCCCCGUGGAUUCUUACAGUAGGCGCUAGCACUCUCGAUAGAAAGCUAAAAGCUACUGUUAAGCUUGGAAAUAGAGAGGAAUUUGAAGGGGAAUCUGCUUAUCGUCCAAAGAUUUCCAACUCAACAUUCUUCACUCUGUUUGAUGCUGGAAAAAAUGCAAGUAAUCAAUCUUUCACCCCUUAUUGCAAACCAGGGUCACUCACGGACCCUGCUAUAAGAGGAAAGAUAGUAUUAUGUCUAGCAGGGGGUCUCGUUGAAAAUGUUGAUAAAGGAAAAGCUGUGAAGGAUGCUGGAGGUGUUGGCAUGAUUAUCAUCAACCCUUCAUUUUAUGGUGUCACUAAAUCAGCUGAUGCUCAUGUUCUUCCAGCAUUGGAUGUUUCAGCUGCAGAUGGAACAAAAGUCCUUGCCUAUAUGAACUCAACAUCGAACCCUGUUGCUACAAUCACGUUCCUAGGAACAAUAAUUGGAGAUAAAAAUGCUCCCAUAGUUGCUUCAUUUUCUUCUCGUGGACCAAGUGAAGCCAGUCCUGGCAUCUUGAAACCUGACAUAAUCGGUCCUGGUGUUAAUAUCCUUGCUGCUUGGCCUACCUCCGUGGAUGACGAAAAAAACACCAAAUCCACAUUCAAUAUUAUAUCAGGCACCUCAAUGUCUUGCCCUCACCUUAGUGGCGUAGCAGCUCUGCUGAAGAGCACACAUCCUGAUUGGUCUCCUGCUGCUAUUAAGUCAGCAAUGAUGACAACCGCUGACACAUUAAACCUUGCCAAUAGUCCAAUACUAGACGAAACUCUCCUUCCUGCUGACAUCUUUGCAAUCGGUGCAGGACAUGUUAAUCCAUCGAGGGCAAAUGAUCCAGGACUAGUUUAUGAUACACCAUUCGAGGACUACGUACCUUACUUUUGUGGUUUGAACUACACAAAUCGACAGGUAGGUAUAUUGUUACAACGCAAGGUGAAUUGCUCGGAGGUGAAAAGUAUCCCUGAAGCACAAUUAAACUAUCCUUCAUUUUCCAUAGUCGGACUUGGAUCAACUUCGCAGACAUAUACCAGAACUGUGGUCAAUGUUGGUGACGCUACAUCAUCUUACAAGGUGGAGGUAGCUUCACCAAAAGGCGUUAAUGUGGAAGUUGAACCCUCCGAGCUAAAUUUCUCCCAGUUGAACCAGAAGUUAACAUACCAAGUCACAUUUUCCAAGACAACCAACAACUCAGACGUUAUUAUUGCUGAGGGAUUCUUGAAAUGGACCUCUAAUAGGCACUCUGUGAGAAGUCCAAUUGCAGUUGUGUUAAACGUGUGAUUAUAAAUUGUUCCACCACAUAAUUACCUAUGUGUUAUGUUAAGCUUGUACUAUUACUAUA